CCUUCAAAUACCCCCAAUCCCAAACCUCACCUUUCCAUCAAAAUCCAAUCUUUCAUUCAUUCUUAUUUCUUCAACACUUCCUUUCACAAUUCAAAAAAUCAACUACUACUCCUUUUUCUUUAUUUCUAGUCUUACAAAAUGGAGACAUCAUCAACAAACUCAGACUAUACCCUAUUUCCAUUCAUCGAUAUCAGUAUGAUCUUCUUGUUUCUUAGCUUGAAAUGUUACAACACCUUUAAAAGUUCCUUCUCAGGUUAUUUGUCUUUCCCACAUUCCAAACAUGGCAGCUCAAAGGCCUCAUCAAAUUUGGAGAAACCCCAGAAUUUUGAUUGUUCAACCGAAGAAGCUUCUUUUGAUGACGAGGAAGAUUGUGUUGUAGUUUGCAGAGAAGAUGUGGAGAAGGUGAUGGGGAAUCUGGGGAUUUUUUGCAGCAAAGAAAGUGACGAGCUUUGCAGGCUGUUUGAAGAAGAAGAGCCGAGCUUGGAAGAGUUGAAGGAAGCUUUUGAUGUGUUUGAUGUGAAUAAAGAUGGGUUCAUUGAUGCACAAGAGUUGCAGAGAGUUGUGUGUGUUUUGGGUUUGAAGGAAGGAUUGAAGAUUGAGAAUUGCAACAAAAUGAUCAAUAAGUUUGAUGUAAAUAGUGAUGGCAGAAUAGAUUUUCAGGAAUUUGUAAAAUUAAUGGAGAUAACUUUUUUCUAAAUCAGUCUAAUAACAUACAUAUACAG